AUGGCAGAAGCGGUGCUUCGAGAGCCGGACACAAAGGAAGAAAUUCAGCGUAUGCAUACGGAACGCAUAUCGGCGCUAUCACAAGCAGCAGCAGCAACCCGCGUUCAGCCUGUCACUCAGUUACAGCAACAAAGCAGUGCUUUACCGACGACCCCUUCGCUGGUAACCCAAACGGUAUCAGCUCCUAUCACAAUCCCACUGAAUCCGAUCAACGUGUCGCAGGCGAGCGUCCCACCCGUUCCGCCGAUUUCUAUACCAAUGCCCAUGCAGCAACAACAGCAGCAGCCACCACUGCAGGCAGCAUCAAACUUACUGUCGCCAAGGUCUACACAGCAGCUGUUGCUGAGUGCAGCCAGUAGAAUACCAUCAUUCGCAUCAAAUAUGCCUCCAAGUAUUAUGAAUGUGCUGCCACAGAUUCCCACUUCACUGCCGAAUAGCAACGUACCCGCGCUAUCGAGCUCAGAGCGUGAACAAACUGAUGUUGAUCAGGAUGAUCGUUAUCGUCGAGAUGACGAGGGACGGUACGAAGCUGAUCGAGAUGAGAGAAUAAGGCGAGAUCGCGGCAGGAAUAAUGGCAGAACUAGCGAAAAAAUUGAUAGGGACAGGGAUAGGGAUCGGCGGCGUGGUCGCUCAAGGUACUACUCUGCUUUCGAUUCCGUUCAUUUUGUUGUUUCAUUAAAGUGA